GCUCUUUUCACAUUCAUGGGUGCGGAGUACCUUUGGUCCAGGGAUGAGGUCCAUCAUCACCCGCCGCUGCAUUUUUGUUUUUCUCCUCCCCCCAUUUCGAUUUGGAUGCAUGUUUCCCACCGUCAUUUGCCCAAAGUUGGCCGCUAGAACGGUCUUGCGGAAACGUGCUGCAGCUGCAUGGAGUAGCGUAUGCAAAGUGGUUCUAUUGACAUUGGUCCCUUUUUCCCGCACUACUGCUGCAUCGCCUUGCCUUGGGUGCUAGCGAGUCCCCCUUCAGCCGUUAGGUACUUCACCUUGGGCAUCCUGUGCCUUUGCGCCGUAUCCGUACCUUAACAAUAAACUAAACUAAACGGACUCUGUCUCUCUCUGCCUGACCUCGCACUCCAGACUCC